GAGACUUUCAAAAUUUUGAAAAAAGAAAAAUAGAGGUGAAAAUAAAAAGUAUAAUAUAAAUAAAAGGGGAGUGAGUGUAUAUGAUAAGGAGGUGUUUGGUGCUGUUCUCUUAGCUGUCUCAGAGUUGUUGUUUUUCUACUAGUCCCCUCCUCCUAUAGGCUCCUCUCAAAGUCAUCUAUCAACCGCCAAAUCAACCUUCUUCUUCUUCUUUUCCUUCUCUCUUCGAUUCUUUUUCGAAUUUGGGUGAUUCUCAGAUUCACAAGCUUUUAGAGCUCGAAUUUGAUUGGCGAGCUAGAAAUGUCGAGGUUUUGAGGAAGAAGCAACCACAAAAGAGGAUUGAUUUUAAGGGCUUUUUUGUUUGUUUCCGAUCUUGCGGCAGAGAUGGCGUCAAGGUUUAUAAAGUGUGUGACCGUCGGAGAUGGUGCCGUCGGAAAAACUUGCAUGCUCAUUUCUUACACUAGCAAUACUUUUCCUACUGAUUAUGUGCCAACUGUUUUCGACAACUUCAGUGCUAAUGUGGUUGUUGAUGGCAACACUGUCAAUCUUGGAUUGUGGGAUACUGCUGGUCAAGAGGACUACAACAGGUUACGACCUUUGAGUUACCGUGGUGCUGAUGUUUUCAUUCUUGCUUUCUCUCUUAUUAGCAAGGCUAGCUAUGAGAAUAUAGCCAAGAAGUGGAUUCCUGAGCUCAGGCAUUAUGCUCCUGGUGUUCCCAUUAUCCUUGUUGGGACAAAACUCGAUCUUCGAGAUGACAAGCAAUUCUUUAUAGAUCAUCCUGGUGCUGUGCCAAUUACUACAAACCAGGGAGAGGAACUGAAGAAACUGAUUGGAUCUGCUGUCUACAUUGAAUGUAGUUCAAAGACACAGCAGAACGUGAAGGCAGUGUUUGAUGCAGCUAUAAAAGUGGUGCUUCAGCCACCAAAGCAGAAGAAGAAGAAAAAGAAUAAGAACCGUUGCGCGUUCUUGUGAUAAGAAAAACCUCUAAGACUAGGUAAAACCAACUAAAGAAAGAAGCAGAAGAUGAUUUCAACUAUUUGAUUCGGCCCAUUUUAAUAUGAUAAUUUCGACGUGAAGGGAGACAUUUCUAGUAGCUUUUUUGUAUAGUUGCUAAAACGAGCUUUGUUGUUGUUGUGUCUUUUACUCUUUGCUGGUGAAUCUUUCGAGUCCACAGACUAAGAGACCGUGUGUUGUACUCUUGCUAUGUAGACUAAUCUCUGUCUCUCUUCUCUUUUGUUCUUGAGGAUCAUUUUGUAUUAACAAAUGAAUCUAAUUAAUAUUUGCAACGUUUAUUUUGUUUUUAAGAGCUCUUGUUUUCUGCUUCUUUCCCACAAGAUGUAUAUUCAUGUGAUCUUACCAAGCAUCAUGCUUAAAGAGA